AUGGCGUCCGCGCCAGCCCAGAACUCGCAGCGCCGCAAUUACAUCCAACAAUUGGACACUCCUUCAACUUCAAGCCUUUUCCCUCUGUCCGCGCAGCAGGCGCAGAACCCCCCUCCUUUGUACCCUGGUUUGGCGCGAGGGCCGGCGUCGAGGUCCAUACGCACCGUGUCAAGCAAUGCAUCUUUGAACGAUUCACGAUAUUUCUCUGGCUCUGGAAGUAGGGUAGCAUCUGGUACGGGUCCUUCAAUUGCGGAGAAGUACUCUCUAUCGCCAGACCCAUCGCUGUGGGGCACAGAUAUUUCGCCUAACCAGCCAGAGCCAGACGAUGAUCUACACAACCCUGAUCCCCGGCGAGACCGCGUGCAUGACGCGGGCGGACAUGUUUUCACUUCGAGAGGUCUCGCCAAUCUCGGUUGUAUCAUGGUUUUAUGUGUCGGUCUCCUCGCGCUCUUUGCCGGCUACCCUAUUGUCUCUCAUUUUACUGCAAGCCCGUUAUCGACGAUGGGUGGCUUCAACAUUGGAGGGAUAAAUGCAAGCGGGCAGAUUCCCGACAUGCCAGGGAACCGUGGCCUAAUUGACCUCGAGACGCCCAGGGACGCCUACAACAAAGUCUCCUACAACGACCCAUCCGUCGAGUAUCAACUUGUGUUCAGCGAUGAGUUCAACACAGAAGGCCGCUCCUUCUAUCCCGGCGAUGAUCCAUAUUGGGAGGCGGUUGACCUUCAUUAUUGGCAAACGAAUAACAUGGAGUGGUACGACCCGGAGGCAGUCACGACGAAGGGGGGUGCUCUGGAGAUCACGCUGUCGCAGAAGGAGACACACGAUCUACAUUACCAAGGAGGGCUGAUUUCAACGUGGAAUAAGUUCUGUUUCACGGGUGGAAUCAUUGAGACAUCUGUCGUUCUUCCUGGUAUCAACAAUGUUGUCGGUCUUUGGCCCGCCGUGUGGACCAUGGGUAACAUAGGUCGUGCCGGCUAUGGUGCCAGUCUAGAAGGAACAUGGCCGUACACAUACGACGCUUGUGACUUGGGAACCCUAGCGAACCAGACACAGAAUGGCGGCCCUCCUGCGGCUCUUAGCGGUGGCGAUAGAUCGCAAGGCGGCGUGCUAUCCUUCCUCCCAGGUCAGAAGCUUUCGCGGUGUACGUGCAAGGGGGAGUCCCAUCCAGGACCCGUGCACGCUGAUGGUACCUACGUUGGGCGUUCUGCCCCCGAGAUUGAUAUAUUUGAAGCACAGAUCACGGGGGAGCCUCUAACGGGUCAGGUGUCUCAGUCCGCUCAAUGGGGGCCUUUCAACGCCGGAUAUGUGUGGUUCAACUCGUCGGACAAUUUGAUCAUCGAUGACCCGACUAUAACUGAGCUCAACUCCUAUACCGGAGGUGUCUUCCAACAAGCAACCUCUGGCGUGACUGAGACGGACCAAAAUUGCUAUGAACUCCGUACAGGAUGUUUCUCUGUAUACGGAUUCGAGUACAAGCCUGGUUUCGAUGGCGCGUAUAUAACUUGGCUAGCAAAUGGCAAGAAGGCGUGGACGUUGAAGCAGGCUGGUAUGGCGGAAGACCCCCUAGCAAAGAUUGCUGCUCGGCCCGUACCUCAGGAGCCUAUGUAUAUCAUCGCGAAUCUGGGCAUGUCCACUAACUUCGGGAAUGUAGAUAUCGAGCAUCUUACCUUCCCAGCAACUAUGCGCGUGGACUGGAUUCGUGUGUACCAGCCGAAGGAUAAUAUUAACAUUGGUUGCGACCCCAAGGACUUUCCCACUGCGGAUUACAUUAAUCAGUACAUUGAUGCGUAUUCAAAUCCAAACCUUACCACCUGGAGGGAUCCACCAUACAGUCAACCAUUCCCCAGAAACAGCCUCGUUGAUGGGUGUUGA